AUGGCGGACGCAGGUGAGCAAUUUUGCGAUUUUAUUUCGUUUUAUUUUGUAAUUUUGACAGGUUUUCAUGCGUGAUUUUCUCUUUUAUAAUGUGUUGUGUUGUUUAUAAACUAUUAGACUGUUGUAUUUCAGCGAGAGAUUUGUUGUAUUCCUUAUAAAACGGUGAUAUAUAUUCAAUAUCUUCCGGGCAUGGGGCAGUGUAUCAAUAUAUUGCAUAGGGCAGUACCCAUGUACGGUACAUUUGUAACUUAUAUUAUUCACUGAGACCGAGGAAAACAGCGUGUUUUGUGCCCCGAGACCACUGUAAAUAAGUGUUUUAUUAUAUAGCAAUUGUCAAAGUCUCAAUUAUUCAGCUGGUAUUCCAAAAGUGUAAUAAAACCGACCGGCAGACAUGCGUAAACUCUUGAAAGAACUUUAUUUUGAACUUGCUGGUUCAUGCGAACAGCUUGUGCCUCACUUGCAGUUUUAUUAUUGACCGGUCAAUAAUAGACAAUUCCCAUUAUAGACUAAUUUUUUAUCUUGGCAAAAAAAGUAUAUUCCCGGAAAGAGCAUACUAAAAUGAGUAAAAUUGCAAAGUUUGGUUGCAAAAUGUUGUAAAAUGCGUAAAAAAUAUAGCUUGCAAAGUUCGCAAAUUUUGUAUACUUUUUUAUGUGCAGAAAUUGCUACCACAUUUCGGCCCAAAUGUGGCAGCAAUUUCCGCACGCAAUACAAAAGUAUACAAAAUUUGCAAACUUUGCAUGGAUAUAUUUUACGCAUUUUACAACAUUUCGCAACCAAACUUUGCAAUUUUACUCAUUUUAGUACACUCUUUCUAGCUGUGGUGAUUUAUUUGCAUCUCCUUGUCUAGUUUCAAAAUUAGUCUAUAAUGGGAAUUGUCUAUUGUUUCAUUGUUGACCGGUUGCCCACUCACCAAAGCAUGCAGUGAACAUGACAUUUUGUGGACCGACAUGUGAUAAAGUUUUGUCCAAUGGCAAACAGGAAAAUUAAACUUGGACACUUGGUAUAUAAUAAUUUAUAUAUUAGUCAGGCAGAUAGAGGACCACAAUUAUGGAAAACUUGGGACAAUUCCAUUUUGCCUUCAUAUUGUGCCCUGAAGGCUAGUAAGUACGUUUCUGUAUGUUGGCCGCGUUAAAAUUUCUUGUGGGCUCCUACCGACAUGUUUUUCUUCGAAUUUUGUAUUAUGAAAUUUCUGAUGCAUUUCUAAUACAAAUGACUUGCAUCAAUAGAAAGCUAACAAAAAAUUACAUAUAAGACAUUUAAAUGCUUAGUUGGGAUUUUCGAGUUGUUGCUGUUUUAAAUGUGAAAAAUCAGCCAAAAUCUCGCAAAAUUCCUGGGUACUAGUCUGAAAACACGCAUUCAACAGCUCAUAACUCACGAAGAACUUGAAAAACCUGGGUAACCGUUUAAAUGUCUUAUAUGUAGUUUUUUGCAAGCUUUCAAAUGAUGUAAAUCAUUUGUGUUAGAAGAAAUGUAUUUGAAAUUUCACAUUUUUUAACUGUAAUAGAGUUUAAUACAACAUUCGAAGAAAAACGUGUCGGCAGGAGCCCACAAGAAAUUUUAAUGCAGCCAACAUACAGAAACGUACUUACUAGCCUUCAGGGCACAAUAUGAAGGCAAAAUGGAAUUGUCCCACGAUAUAGUAAGUUUUUUCCUUCUAUAUCUGCCCGACUAUACUGUAUUUGUUCAAUUCCUGAAUUGUUUUGUUCAGAUCUGGAGUUGGAUUCAGAGCGGGCGUCGGCAAACUUGACGCACCAGACGGUGAGGAAGAAUAUUUCAUUGAAACUAAAACCCAAAACUGAAGGAAAGUCGAAGAAAAAAGACAAGAAAAAAAGCGAGAAGAAAAUCCAUAGUGAAGGUAGGGCAACUAGUUGUUUAGGUGCCAUUCAGCCAGGGUGAAUUUCUCAAUUUUCUGCCCUGAAGAUUUUUUCGAAUUCAUGUAAAGCUGCGCCAAAAUCUGUGCCAAGAAAAUCGUCGCAAAAAAAUAUGCGGUUUUUGGGAAUUUCCGAAAUUUUCACCUAUGCGGGUGGGGGCUGAGAAACUACAGUAAUAUGCAACAAAUACUGCAGUGGCGUUAUGUAAACAUGUGCUCAAAACUAUUGCUCAAAACUAUUGAAUAUACUGAGUGUACUGUUCCACUUGGCUAGGCGUAAAAAAAAAUACCUGUGGUUCCGGUUUCAUAUCGUGAAGAAAUUAGGGUCGGUAGGUCGGAAAUAGAUUAAAAAAAUUUUUUUUUUCAUGGUUUUGGCAGUUUUUUGCUGGGAGAUUUGCAGUAGAGUCCCGACAUCAAUAUUAACUAGAGAUGCGUAUUUCCUAUGGACGAAUUUAGACAAUUUGGUUCAAUAAUUAGUGUGACAACAGACGCCAUUUUGGCACACUGUUGAAAAAAUAAUAGGGUCGGCAGAAAAAAAUAGAGUCGGUCGGGAACCAGAACCACAGGUAUUUUUUUUACGCCUUAUGACUAUAUUUAAAUUUUUUAUACGUUUCUCAAGCAGCAGCAAACUUAAAAAGUAUGUUUAGUGUGGUUUACUGUAUCUGUAAAAUGACAACAUUUAGUUUGACAACUGAACUUGUUAGUAUUGCAUAGUUACAGUGUCCAAUUUUUCAAUGUUCUCUUGUCAGGGCGCAAAAUACAGUAACGGCCGGCCAACGGAAAAUGUCCGGCCAGAAUGCGGAGUUGUCCGGUCAAAUUCUUACCUUGCUGGUUAUUUUGACAGGUCACUUUUGGUAAAAGAACAAACUAAUCUUCAUUUGAAUUAAUAAUCAAAAUACACAAAGUUGUCAAGUUUUAUAAAUAAGAACCAAUUUUUUGGUGUCGAAUAUUUUGCGGGAAAAGAACUUCAACGUACGCCAGCUUUCCCCCAACGCAUUACGUCACAAAGCCCAUGGCCAUGCCUUUCGCUUAAGAGUUAAGGCCAUGCUUUUAGCGCAGUGCAAGCUGUUUUAUGUGAAGGAUUAAUUACUGAUUACAGUAGUCAGUAAGGCUUUUUGUAAUGCUAUACUGGGAAAAUAGUCACUUUUUUAGGGGUAUACUUUACUAGGCUUUGCUUUAAGCUGAAUAAUUUGACCGGCCAGAAAAUCGGUAUCUCCGAGCUAAAAUUGAGUUGGCCGGUAACAUUGACCGGCGAUCCUCCAGCCGUUAUUUUGCACUCUACUUGUGGUCCCAGGAAGUAAAAUUUUUUUCACGUUUGCAGGUGAGAAAGAGAGCAAGAAGAAAAAGACAUCAAGCGAAUCAGCGUCUUCUGCAACAAAACCUGUCAAUGAAUUACUUUGGAAUCAACCG